CCCUUCGAGAGAAAAAAAAUAGAAAAAAAUUGAGGGGAAAAAAUCGGUGAAUCCAAGGGGUUCGGGCGGAUUUGGACGAAGUUUCCGAACUGUCCCAGCCCGGAGGAGCCCUGGGGGUUGAAAGGGAAUCGCCAGCACCGAAAUAAUGGAAGAUUCCCAUUUCAACUCAUCAUACUUUUGGUCUCCCGUUUCAUCAGUACAAGGACAGAUCGAGAACGCCAUGUUUCUGAACAAGAUGAAGGAACAGCAUGGGCAGGAGAAGAGCGCUUCUUUUGCGCACUCGUCCUUGGCGCACUAUCCGACAGCGGUGUUGACGGUGCCAGGCUCAGUCGGGAUGGACGUGGGAGGUGUUGGGAGGGUACCCAAACAAGAGGGUGGAGGAGGAGGCACUGGAGGUGGGGCAGCGGGGGCUCAAAUGGGUGGAGCACAUCUGCACCCGCCUCACACGUCCCAGAACAUCACGGUGGUGCCUGUACAAUCUGGCAUCCUGACAUCAGCUGGGUUAGUGAUCGCAACACCUGCUUCCUCUCAGUCAUUUGUGUCUGGACCGCCCACCACAACCAUGAUUGUGUCUGCAUUACAAACAAACACAGAGGCUGGCCUGCCCCCCUCCCUCUAUUUCCACAACCAUUACAAAAAAGAGGAUGGCAGUAUUCCACCAGCUGUGGUCAUGCCAGUGCCCUCAAAGCGUGGCAGAAAGAAAAAGUCUAUGAUGCCAAGAGCAGCCCACGCGCUCGCCACAGGAAGUGAUGCACUCAUUCUGGCACACCUGGCUGCCGGGGGACAGCACAACGCGAGCGACCCCUACGACCUCUCUAAUGAUGAGGAUGACCCUCCAGGCAAAGAUGGGAACAAGUCCUACAGAUGCCGGAUGUGUGCAGUGACCUUCUUUAGCAAGUCAGACAUGCAGAUUCAUGCCAAGUCACACACAGAGGCAAAACCGCACAAGUGUCCUCAUUGCUCGAAAUCCUUCGCCAACUCCAGCUAUCUGGCGCAGCACAUCCGCAUCCACAGCGGCGCCAAACCCUACACCUGCUCCUACUGCCAGAAAACCUUCAGGCAGCUCAGUCACUUACAACAACAUACACGAAACCACACAGAGGGCAAACCGCACAAGUGUCCUCACUGCUCCAAAUCGUUUGCCAACUCCAGCUACCUGUCCCAGCAUAUCCGCAUCCACAGCGGCGCCAAACCUUACACCUGCUCCUACUGCCAGAAAACCUUCAGGCAGCUCAGUCACUUACAACAGCAUAACAGGAUUCAUACUGGUGAUCGACCAUAUAAGUGUGUCCAUCCUGGCUGUGAGAAAGCUUUCACCCAACUUUCCAACCUCCAGUCUCAUCGAAGACAGCACAACAAGGACAAGCCAUACAAAUGUCACAAUUGUAAUCGUGGUUACUCGGAUGCAGCCAGCCUGGAGGUUCACUUGUCCACACAUACCGUGAAACAUGCCAAACUUUACUCCUGCGGCCUCUGCAACCGAGCAUACACAUCUGAGACGUAUCUGAUGAAACACAUGCGUAAACACAACCCAGAUCCACUGACUGUUGCAGCUGCAGUGGCUGCCCAGCAAGCCCAGCAGGGCCAAAACCCAGGUCAACCGUCAGGCGGGGGCAGCGGCCGUGGACGCGGACGGGGUAGGGGGGGCGGAGCUACGGCUACAGGACCCGGAACAGCGGCUCAAGGGCAGAAUCAGCCGAAUCCCAAUCCACCAACCAGUUACUCAGUUACAGAGGGAAUUCCCUGCCCCUUCGACCUGCAUCAGUACAAGACUGUGUCGUCUGGAGAAAUUCAGUACAAGGCCGCAAGCGUUGCCGACCUGGCGGCCCACAAAGACCUCUGUCUAACCGUCUCCACCUCUGCCAUCCAGGUGGAGCAUAUGAACUCGUAGAGGAAUUCAGAGAGAGUGAAAAGACAUUGACCAUUAAAUGGAAAGGAAAUAUAAACGCUGCCUUGGGAAAAAAGCAAGAAUUCCAAAUAGAGAGAGAUUUGGCAGGAUUUCAGAUGGAGUACUCUAUUGAACGUGACGCAUGAACUAUUAGAAAACGUCUUUCUUAAGAGUUGCUCUGCAGUGUCACUAAAAGGCCUUACCUCUCAUGACAGCUUUAUAUAAUAGCAAUGGGAUUUGCUACAUAACAGGAAUCAUGGGUUAUUAAAAAACGAUAACCAUUAAUCUUUAUCAAAACCCAUAAAUCUGUUGACUUGCAACCCAAACUAUGAUGUAACCCACUAUGUUACUACACAACAUUACACCUGUUAACCAAAUCGCAUGUGUUCCUGUAGCUCUAUUGUAAGAGCUUUGGUUAGCAACACAAAGGUUGUGGAGUCAUUCCCCGGGAUCAUACAUAGAUAUAAAAUUUGUCAAUUAAAUUCACUCUGGGUCUCUUCGGAUAAAACCAUCGGCCAAAUACAAAUAGAAAGAUUUUGCACAAAGGUCUUCAUUUUGCACCAGCAUUUUAGCAGGAUUUACCAUAUGAUGUUAAAUGUGAAUUAAACUAACAUAUAAGCUGUUGAAGUUUAUACCCGAUCAAACUCCCAGCCCCUGGAAUGAAGUUGUAAUGCCUUUUAUGACGCUGCUUUGCUGGCCUGCUAAUGGACACUUCAAGUAAAAGUGAAAAUGGUUUGUCACUACCAGGUGAGACCUGUUGGAAAGAGGUGGCUAAAGACUGCACUAAAGUGGAGAGGGAUAAAAGAGAAGCUAAAGCUUAUAUGGGAGAUGGCACUUAAAACCUUUUCUAUUCAUCGUUUGUUUUUCGUCAUUACAUUUUAGCCAUUUAUUACAUGUAUGUAUUUUUCUAUGUCUAUGUAUGUGUGUGGUUCGAUUGAAAGCGCAUGUUGAGAACAUUUAUGGAAAGAGGAAUGUGUGAAAACAUCAGUUGUCCGAUUUUUGUUAACCUAAAGAGUUUAGACAUUUUAUAUUCCCUUGAUCCUUCCUACAGAGUGUUUGCUUUGUUCCAGAAAGGGAGAAACAAUGGUUGUGCAAACAACUCUUUGCUUACCAGGUACUACUUAGUAGUGUUUUUUUAAAACCUUUAAUAUCAAUUUUUAUUAUAUUAACAGUUCUUUUUAUGCAGUUAUUCUUAUCAUUAUUCAUUGGCCGUUACUGUAUGUGUGUGUAUAUAUAAAGAUGUGUUCAUUCUAUAAAGGGAAGGAUUGCUUUUCUGGUCCAGCUGAAAUAUAAUUUUAAAAAAAUGUAUAAAAGGCAACACUAGAGAUCAGACAAUGGGAGGUUAACACGUUCCUAAACCAUCUAUUCCUCCAUGCUGCCGUCUGUGUCCAGUUAACAGCCAGAUGAUUGGUUGAUCCUCCAUGUAUAACCCCCGUUGUAACCCAUGCUGUCUUUGUAAAAUAACACAGUUCUCAAUAUUAUUAUUAGUGUUGCUUCUGUCGCUCCUAAUACUUAUCAUCAACAAAUCUUUAAAACGACUUCACUGUAACUUAUAGAUCAACACUCAUUCAUCCAACGUAACUGUUUCUCCUUAUAUGAACAAUAAAAGUUACACAAUUAA